CUCUCAUCAUACGACUUCUAAUCAUAAUCUAAUAACCAACAACACCUUCACUCCAUCAUCAACAUGCAGUUCACCACCGCUUUCAUCGCCUCAGCUGCCGCUCUGACGGCUUCUGCCCUUCCUCAGACGACUCCCAUCGCUACGGGCCAGGGUUUCGGUGUAAUAACUAUCCGCUCCGGCUCUGAGAUCCAGAACAGCGGUGUACAAGCCGCUCGCUCUAGUCUUCUCGUCAACGCAAAGUCGCAGAACGCAUCUUGCGACGCCGAGUCCAACUUCGCUACCUUCUACAUCAACGAGGAGAAGGAGCUCCACCUCUGGGAGAGCAAGACCUCUUACAGGCCCCAGACCGUCUUUGUUGACCGCUCCGGCAUGGGCCAAGGUCUCAUUGGAUACACCACCGGAGUCCAGCCUCUCCCCAGGAAUGGAGAGAACAAGGGCUGGGAAAUCGUCAACGGCGAGCUCAAAUUCAAGGGUACGGGGCUCCAAGCGUGCCCCGGCUCUAUCGACGGAGCGUGGAGCUUGUGGCUUCAGGGCCUCGACAAGCCUGGAUGGAACGAGAACUGCACAAGUGUGAUUGCAUCUGCCAUCAAGACCGAUAGCCCCAUCGGCUGCUGGUACACUGAGUAAAGGAGAGCUCAUAUCUCUAGGGUCUCAUCGCAUUAGCGGACUAUAAUACCCGCAUUGGAUUCUGUACAUACAUAGCAUGGCAUCGGCGUAUUUUGAAUCAUAAUGAAGAGUCAAACAUCACUUGUAAAUAUUUUACAGCAUUCGCAGUUCCGCAUGUUCAGUGCGUUUAUUGCAUUUGUUACAUAUAUUUAACUGUACCUGUGC